GCGAAUAGGGACAGGAGGCGGAGCGGAGGUGGGGCUUGGAGCUGGUAGACGCUCUGGUGGUUAGGUGGGUUCCGAUCGCGGGGGCUACGGGUCGGCGUUGGGCUCACUGGGCUCGAAACAAAAGACUCUCCGGUGGGUCCUCGGUGAGGCGCUUUCCGACGAGUAGCGGAGCAGCGGACCAGAGCUCCUCCACCAGCCGGUGGCACGCGGUUUCAGUGGGCUUCUCCGCGAUUCCCGUAGCCAGCGCUGCGGUGGGGGGCCCGGAGCGGCGGCACCUGCUGCUGAGGGGCCCCGCGGCCCACCCAGGUGCUCAUGAUGGGGCUAAUCUUCGCUAAACUGUGGAGCCUUUUCUGUAACCAAGAACACAAAGUAAUUAUAGUGGGGCUGGAUAAUGCAGGGAAAACCACCAUUCUCUAUCAGUUCUUAAUGAAUGAAGUGGUUCACACAUCUCCAACCAUAGGAAGCAAUGUUGAAGAAAUAGUUGUGAAGAACACCCACUUUCUUAUGUGGGAUAUUGGUGGUCAAGAAUCGCUGCGAUCAUCCUGGAAUACGUAUUACUCAAACACAGAGUUCAUCAUUCUUGUUGUUGAUAGCAUUGACAGGGAACGACUAGCCAUUACGAAAGAAGAAUUAUACAGAAUGUUGGCUCAUGAGGAUUUACGGAAGGCUGCCGUCCUUAUCUUUGCAAAUAAACAGGAUAUGAAAGGGUGUAUGACAGCAGCUGAAAUCUCCAAAUACCUCACCCUUAGUUCAAUUAAGGAUCAUCCAUGGCACAUUCAGUCCUGCUGUGCUUUAACAGGAGAAGGGUUAUGCCAAGGACUAGAGUGGAUGACCUCUCGUAUUGGUGUGAGAUAACUUUUUUGCUUGAAAGAGACUGCUCUAUUUAUUCUGUGACAUGAACAUUUUUCCUAGUAUCUUUGGCUGCUAAGGCAGCAGCAUGUUUAAUUUAUAACAACACAAACCUCUAUGAGCAACACUUGAAUCAAGUGCAGCUGAACUGGGACACAAAAGAUUUUUUCUUACCUUUUUUUUAAUGCACUAAUCUUCAGUUGGAUGAACAUAAUGUAUAACUAUAUUUUCAGCGAAAGAAUUCUUCUGACUGCUUAUUCUAAUUAUUCAAUGACUGCCUUGUAAGAAAUGUUUGUCAUGUUUGUUCCCUGAAGUAUUAUAAGUUAAUGACCAAUUUCUUUUGUUUCUUGACUACCCCUUUCCCCCACCAGAUAAUUACUUCUUUGACAAAGUAGUAGCAGAAAUUAUCAGAUACUGCUUGCAAACUUAACCAGCACUAAAUAUUUGUUCCUUCUAUAAACCACUUUUGAACAGAACUUAUUAUAGAGAAAGAAAUGUGCCUAAAAUAUAUGUACAAGAUUAAAUAUCAUGAGAACUGCCUUUAAAUGUGCUGACUUCCCUCACAUUAUUGCAAGUCUUAGAAUCAUUUUAAAUUACUAUUAGCAUGGAAAUUAAGUAGGCUAUUUAUCCAAAAGAAUUAAGUUCACUUUUCUGCCUAAUUUACUUAGUUAAGUUAAUCAAGGUGAAAUGUUUAUAUGAAAGCCCAACUUUGAUAAUACAUAUAUUGGAUCUGGUAUUUUAAGAAUGUUGCAUUAUUCAAUGCAUAUAUAACUAUCAGAAGUUAUUAAAGCAUACCAGCAGUAAUAUGAAAACAAGACACUUGGAAUAUAUUUUACUCUCAACUUUAACAAACAAGUUUAUUAUCAGCAGAAAGUUCAACUGUUCCAUUUGCAAGAGCCAUCAUAUCUGCUUUGGGCAAUAGCUAAAGCAGAAAUAUUGAACAGUUAAUUCCAUUUCUUAAAAUUUGAAAUUGUUUCUCUAAGAGUAUUUCUACCACCAACAAUAUAUUACUUAAAAGAGAUAAUGGCUUUUCUUAAAUCUGUUUGAGAUUGUAGUGUAAUAGGCUUGAAACAAUUGCCAUCCUUAUAGUUACACCUUGUGUUCUCAAGUUUUUUGCUGGAUUAUAGGAAACUGCUGGAUUUAAUCCUGGCUUUUAGACUGGAAGUUUGAGACUCAUAGUUAAUACACUAACAACUUAAAAAUUAAAAAAUAGAAAAAAAGUCAUUAUCAAAAUUGUAUUUAUUGCAUAGCAUUAAGAAGUUUUCAAGGCAGUUGUCUAAUAUGAAUAAUAAUCUAAAUAGUGCCUACCGUAAGAGGGAGGACAAGUAUUGUAAUUUUGAUCCUCUAUUUCAAAUGUAUGAUUUUGCUAUAAUGAAAGGAUAAAAUGUGUAUUUAGAGUAAUACUUCAUUUUUACAGUAUUUUUUGCCAUUUGGGUCAAAAUAGGAUUCAGUAUUCAUAAUAUCAAAAUAACCUGUUUUAAAGUGGUGUUUUAAUUUUAAUUUUUUUUAUUGUAGGCUGGUUUAAAUUUUGCUCUGUUUUCAAGUAUAUUUGAUUUAUUAGACUUAGUCUAAUUUAGUUGAUUGUGGUAACAUUUUCUGAUUUCUCUUUAGUAGUAGCACACCCUAGAAGUGAAAAGUGGCUAGAGGAAAGUUUCUAAACUUUGGGAACUGGUUACCUGUUAACUUUGUUUUGAACCUUUUUCUUAGUGAUUCUAUACCAGUUAGACAAUAAAUUUUGUUUAAAAUGUAACCCAUAAUCAAGAAUAUGAGAGAAAAGCAGACAUAAUUCAGUAAGAAUGCUUUGUGGUGUGUAUGUGGUGGUGGGGUAGGAGAAAUUAUGAAAAUACCCUUUACCUAAAGCAUACUUGCCAGAAUUUAUGUCUUGGUUAUAUAGUUUAGCCAUAAAUACUGAGGAUAAUUCUCUUAACCCCAACCUGAAAAAAACAUAUUUAAUAGUCCUGUAUGUGUUCUUACUAUGAAGUUUAUCAUCUUGUAUCUAGUAAGAUUGGCUGGCUCAAUUUUCUUCUAUCAAAUUAUUUGGUUAUUUUUUAUAUUACCGCAUCAGCAUUAUACUGAAAGUGUUUUUAAUAGUUGAUGGUAUUUUGUCAACUAUUAGGAUAGAGUCAAGUUUGCUAUUUAAUUUUUAAAAUGCAAUUCAUUUUUUAUUUUCUAAGUCCUUUUUAAAAAACAUUUUGUUAGCUUUGGAUUGAAAAUGAUUUAUGUUGACUGUGUGCUAAAGAUGAAAUCAACAUCCCAUGAGAUUUUUGUGCCAGUGAUUGGGAAAAGGUCAACAGGAAAUUGAUGUAAGACUUUUAAAAGUAUCUUAUAAGUUCUCAUUAGAUAUUUCCUGUACAGUAAGAUGAAAACUGAUUAUCCUUUACUCCAAGAGAAUGGCUAAACUCAGCCAAAUAUCUAAUACUAAAGAAUUGAUUCUGAUAUUCACUGUAUCAACAAAAUCAGAAUUUGACUAAUGCCUUUAUUCUUAUUUUGAGCUGAGGUCUCAAUUUUGUACUAUACCUGUUCUUUAAGAUUCAGAUAGCAGGUAAUUAAUUUAACAAUGAAAUAAUUUGAGUUUCACCCUCCCGCUCAACCUCUCAAUUGCCUAGCAAAGUUUUUAGUAAGUAGUAGAAAGCAAAGGGCCACAUUACUUUUGAGAAGUCAUUCUACAUUUUGUUUUUAAUUUGAAGAUAAACUAAAUUUUAAUCUUUCCCAUGUGUUAUAACUAAAAUGUAAGUGCUACCCUUGUAAGUUCAAAUAAGGUGGUUUUGUUAAACUUAGAACAAGUCUCAUUCAUCAUAUUUAAACUCGUUGUUCUUAAUGAAGCUCAUUUGGGAACUUUAGAAUUAACAGGCCUUUUAUAUGAGGAUAUACUGUAUAUUUUGUACUAAUGCAGUCUAAUUCCUUAAAAUCAGAAAUAGUAGUAAUUUUUGCUUUUAUGUUCUGUUAGUAUGCUUAAGGUAUAUAUAAUUUUAUUCUACAUUAGAGGAAAGAUAAAUUCAACUUUCAUUGUUAAAAAUAAUUUUUAAAUGGGUUACCACCCUUAUAGCCAUAAUCAUCUUGAUGAAGCAUAAAUUCACUUUUAUUAUCUAUAUAGCAUAAGAUAAAACAGUUAUUUUCCUGUGGAAUCAAUGAUAUAGGGAGCACUGUAAACUGUAUUCUCUGAAGAAUGAGGGGAGUCAUAAAGCAAGAAAAUUUAAAAGAAACAGUAUUUUUUUUUUAAAUCUUUUUGGUAUAGUAUCUUAGGAUAAAUUUACAAAUGGAACCAUUUCUGACUAGGCUCAUUUCAUUCUUAAUUAUGUAAAACUGUAUUAGUAGAAAAAAUAUGCUGGUAUUAUGCCUAUAGAUGGAAAAAUUCCAUCAACCUUUAAUUUUCAAGACCAGUUCAUGAGUCUAGCUUUUCAUCUGUGGCUUUAGAUCCAAAACAUUUCAUUUCUAGUUCAGUUCUAAAGGACCUUUUAUAUCUCAUCAAGGUAAAGUCACCUCAAGAUACAGCAUGGUGACUUGUCAUCUGGUAGAGUAAUGACUAUCUGGCUAUCUAAAAGGUGGGCUCAAAUCCUAAUUUGACCAUUACUUACUUAUUUGAUCUUAAAUUUACUGUCCAUAGACCUUCUAUUUUUCCCAUACUUAGGAACUUAAGCAAACAAAACUCCAACAUGUCUUUUGCUUUUAAAAUCCUAAAUUUUUACAUACUACAUUAAAAUUUUAAAAAAUUAGGAAGACAUGUAAUAAAUUAAUUUUUAUCUUAUUUGAUGCCCACCUCAUCAUUUCACUUGGUAUAUGAAUAUUAUCAACUAAGGAAACAAAUUAUCAACUAUUAACAGCUACCCAACUUAAAUCACACUAAUAGCUAAUGGCAGUGCAAAAGAGAAAAUAAGCCAUAUUGCUAAGAAAAUUAUUUUAGCCUUAUAAAAACACCAGUGUGUGUUGAAAAUACUUAGUUCUAGAGAUUAGAUUAGCUUGCUUAUUUUCCUCAUUUUUACUAGUUAGAGUGGUUGUUAGCCUGUUCAUUUCAUUGACUUUAGAUGCCACCCAAAACUCAUAUGACUUUUCAGUUUUGAAGGGAUGGUAUAGCCAGGAUGUCGGUAUUUUACAAACACAUGCAUAAAUCUGAGAGUAGUGUAUAAUCAAGGUUAGUUUUUUAUGUAAUGUCUCAUCCUUACUUAUUUAUUUAGCAUUACUGUGGAGACUGAAAGCCAAAAGUCAGGUUCCCAGAAAGGAUUUUUUAAGAGUUCCAGAUGUCCCAAGCUAAACAGAGAAGGCCAACUAAAAAAAAAAAAAAACAAAUCUUCAACCACUCCAUUUUAAAUUUAAAGUAGAAAAAAUACUGUGUUCAACAAACCUAAAAUCCCCUUCAAAUGUGUAUGGUUUGGUAAAAUGCUUGCGAAAUGUUAAUUUGGAGGAAAAGAAGAAUAUCUAGGAACAGAAGUUAAAACACUUGAUAGUAAACAUGGGGCAGGAAAUCUUUUAAAGGAUAUUAAGUAAUAGAAAAUUUGAAUGAAACAGUGAACACCCCCCAUUUAAGGCAAUUAAAAUUACUAGAAAGGACAGUCAUUUACUCUAGAACUGAAUAGCCUAUAUUAUUUUUAAUGUGGCCAAAGCAGUGAAAAUAGAUCAGGCUUUUAGAAUUUUGGAGUGUAAUCACCUAAAGGUAUCUUUUGCUCAUUUUUUUAAAACAAUAAGCUACAUUUUCUUGAGAAAUAAUAAAAUGUGCCAUGCAUAUCUUUUGGAAUAGAAAACAAAGUUCUAGAAGAAUGGAAAUCUUCUCUCACACAAAUUUGUAAAAUCUUAAACUUAAAAAUUACCUCAUUUUUCAAUCUCUAAGGUGCUUUUGCCAUUUGUGGGAUGUUGAACCAUCCCAUAAAUACUCCCUUCACCUAAACUGUAUUUGAAAUACACAAAAUUCACAACUGAGAGCAUUCCUUGGAGAUUUUCUUUUAUUCUUGUGUACCACCAGCAGGCUGACAUGGUGUAGCAGAUCCACAAAUCAUCCUCAUUAAAGCACACAGGCAAGUUCUGUCAAUACUUAGUUUAAUUAAAGUCAGAUAAGGGAAAGGAAAAACCUUAACAGUUGAUUGGUUUUAUUACACUGUGAACAUAUUUCCAUCAAUGACUAUCAGUUUGAUGUUAUGUGUAAUUUAUUUGCAUAAUUGGGCCCUAUUCACAAGAAAUUAAAAUCAUUUUAAUCUUCAUACUUUUUCCCUCAGGAAAUUCAGGGACUUUACAGCCCCUAUUUUGUUCUCUUAGAGUUAAGUGUAGUUUUUGAAAACUUUCUAUUUUGAUUUUUUAAAAGUUUAGCUGCUAUUUCAUUAAAAGUAAAUAAGAUGAUGGUUAUGAUUUUUCCAAUUAUGUAAUAAUUAUAAAUCUUACCCUAUUCAUUUAUUGCUCAGAGCAUGAUGUAAAAGGAAAACAAAAAUUAAAAGCAGUUAAAGCCUUGCUCUUGCAUUUAUUCUAGUAAAAAUAUAAUGAUUAUAAUCCCACAUUGUCAUGUUAACAUAAAUUGGUGCUUUAGAGCAUUAAAGAACAGCAGGCCCUGUGUAAUAUAUUUCUUGCCUCAGAAUGUAAAACUAUGUAAAAGCAUCUAUAUUUAUGUUCAUUUCUUAAGGUUUAAAUACAGACUUGUCAUUAUCCAUCAAGCUUCAGGCUUUCUGCAAAAGCUGUAAUAAUAUCCUAACUAAUCAGUUUGGUCAAACAGAAGAUUGUUAAUAAGGCCAAAAUUGUGAGACGGAUCUCUCUGGACCCUCUGGCAUUGUACAGAGGGGAAAAGAAAAUGUCUCAUGCCAUAAACUAUGCUGUUUAGCCCCAACCAAGCAACUAAAAUGUGUGCUAUCGGUCCAAUAUAUUAGCAUUAAUACAAUUUUAAAAAAAACAAAUUACUUCAUGCAUUUAUAUCAUCACUUCUUGAAAAUGGUUCAAAGCAUGUUCUUCUAAUGUUGGGGUUUAAAAGACAUGUUUUAAAAUUUUUAUAGCUUUAUUACUGUCAUAAAACACUCCUUUUUGUGCUAAGUUUAGGUUGCUGGUGCUCAUCAUUUUAUAUUUCUGCAAUUAUGUUAUAAUUAGUUACUUGCAUGCCUACUUAUCCAAGUAAAAGGAUGUUGUUUGCUCUGGAAUGUUCAUGUUUUAGACAGAUUUUGGCUCAUUUGCAAUCACAGUGCAAUACAGUGUAACAGUCAUUUGUUUUCAGUCAACAGUUUUAUUUUUGUCAUAAUAAAUACUUUUCCAAUA